AUGGCGGCACCAGCAGAGCAGCGCAUAGCUGUACCCAUCGACGACCCGAACGCAGAUACAGAAUGGAAUGACAUUUUGCGCAAACAUGGCGUUAUCCCCGAGAAGCCUCCCUCUCCUACACCCAUGAUUGAAGAAGCUAUUCUAGAGGGCCGCCGCAUAGCACACGAGAACAGAUUGGAGGGGAAGGACAUAGAUGAGCUUGACGAGCUGCAGGACCUGGAGGACGACGCUUUCCUCGAGUCAUACAGACAGAAGCGAAUGCAAGAACUCAACUUGUUGUCCAAGAAAUCGAUACAUGGCACCGUCUAUCCUAUAUCAAAACCCGAAUACCAGCGGGAAGUCACCGAGGCAUCUAACAAUGGACCGGUUUUUGUCAACCUGACAUCGUCGAUGGCCACCAACGUGGAAUCCAGAGUAUUGACCGAGCUUUGGAAGCAAGCAGCGCAGGAAUAUGGCGACAUCAAGUUCUGUGAAAUACGGGCCGAGAAGGCCAUUGAGAACUACCCGGACCGCAAUUGUCCAACCAUCCUUGUGUACAAAAAUGGCGACAUUGUCAAACAAAUUGUCACUCUUGUCACUAUAGGAGGUGUGCGGGUAAGCAUGCUUGAAAUCGACAACCUCCUUGUUGAAGUCGGUGCGGUGGGCGAGAAAGAUAUGAGGGUCAUCAAGAGAAAACGAGAUGCCGAGGACGCCAAAGAAGAGCAGGCGAUGGGCAAAGGUAUCAAGAGUGGAAAUUUGAAGCACGCCACCGUGGGCGACGAUGAUGACUGGGAAUGA